AUGGAGAAGGACCAACAGGUCGCCGACCGCUCUGCGGCGAACAGCAGUAGCGGAAGCAACAUGGACGUCGAGUCUGGAAGAGAAGGCAUCUCGCAUUGGAAGAUGAUCACGGAUCAGGGUGUCGUGACCAAGGAGAUCAUCAACUACGACUAUGAGGGCGAGGGAACAGAAGAGGAUCCCUACGUUGUGGAGUGGAUCGACAACGACCCCAGGAAUCCAAUGACCUGGCCCAAGACGAAGAAGUGGAUCAUGGCCAUUGCGGUCGCCAACUCGGUUCUCGUCGUAUCAUUCUGUUCAUCGGCUUUCUCUGGAGGCAUUCAACAAAUCAUGGCUGAGUUCAGCGUUAGCCAGGAAAUCGUCACACUCGGUGUAUCGCUCUUCGUUCUCGGAUUCGCCCUUGGACCUCUGCUAUGGGCUCCCUUCUCGGAAUUGUACGGUCGCCAAAUCGUCUUCGUCGGAACAUACACUGCUUUCAUGGCUUUCAACGCUGGUGCCGCCGGUGCGCCCACCAUCUACGGCCUGCUCAUCCUCCGAUUCUUCGCUGCCGCUUUCGGUUCCAGUCCACUUACCAACGCUGGAGGUGUCAUUGCCGAUCUCUUCUCCGCAAAUGAGCGCGGACUGGCCAUGUCAAUCUUCUCCGCUGCGCCGUUUAUGGGUCCCGUUCUCGGUCCGAUUAUUGGUGGCUUCUUGGGCAUGACGGAAGGAUGGAGAUGGGUUAAUGGUCUCAUGGCUAUCUGGGCUGGUGUCAUUCUCGUCGUCACCUCCUUCCUCGUCCCUGAGACAUACGCUCCGGUCCUGCUCAGGAAACGUGCUGAGAAGCUCUCGAAGCUGUCUGGAAAGGUCUACCGAUCCCGCACUGAUAUUGACCAAGGCAAGGUUUCGCUUGGAGAGGCUUUCGCAACUGGUCUCAAGCGUCCCUGGAUCCUGCUCUUCUGCGAGCCCAUCGUUCUGCUCCUUUCUCUCUAUCACGCCAUCAUCUACGGUAUCCUUUACAUGCUCUUCGGCGCUUUCCCCAUUGUCUACCGUAUCGGCCGUGGUUGGAAUGAGGGUAUCAGUGGUCUGCCUUUCGUCGCCGUCGCUAUCGGAGUCUUGCUCGCUAUCACAUACGUCAUUACGGUCGACAACAAGAUGUACAUGAAGAAGGUCAACGAGUCCGGCCGCGGAUUCGCAGCUCCUGAGGCACGUCUUCCCAUGUGCAUCAUCGGCGGUAUCGCACUCCCCAUUGGUCUGUUCUGGUUCGCCUGGACCAACUCGCCUGAUCUGCCAUGGGCCGCCAGUGUUGUCGCUUCCAUUCCAUUCGGCUUCGGCAUGGUGCUCAUCUUCCUGUCCAUCAUGAACUACCUCAUCGACUCGUACACCAUCUUCGCUGCAUCCGUCCUGGCCGGUAACGGUAUCAUCCGUUCAAUCUUCGGUGCUGCUUUCCCUCUGUUCACCUCGCAGAUGUACAAGGGCCUCGGUAUCCACUGGGCCUCAUCCGUACCUGCCUUUCUCGCUGUCGCCUGUCUCCCGCUCCCCUUCCUCUUCUACAAGUACGGCAAGACCAUCCGCGAAAAGUGCAAGUACGCCGCACAAUCCGAGGCCUUCAUGGAGCGCAUUCGCAACCAACAAGCCGCAAAGGCGGCACGACAAGCCCAAGGUGUCGAAUCAGAGGACACCUCGCGCGCCAACACUCUCACACCCCAAGAGGAAGUUGAGGAGGAGGCACACGAGGAAGAGUCCGCACCCAAGUUCGAGGAGAUGAAGACUGAGAAGGAGACCGAUGGCGAGGGUCUCAAGAAGGUUCAGACUGGUCGCUCAACGAGAAGUCGGAGAACAGUCAGGGAUCUCGACUUCAACCCCAAUCCGUUCGAUAUCGACCGCGUCAACACAAGGGAAAGCUUUGUUACCAGGCCGAGAACGAAUAGCCGGGCGAGUAGCAGGAAGUAG